AAAUUACGGGGCGUGGCUUAAGAAAACAUUUAAAAACUUUAACGGCUUUAAAUUGUAUAAAGUAAAAAUGUUUAGUUAUUGAAAUAUUACACGUAUUAUUUUUACAAUUCAAGUUAAGUUGUGUGGAAGAUAAGAAUGUCAUUGGAGAGCGUCAGAAGGCCAGAAUUAGUUUAAAAAGUCUUUGAAAAUGGGAAUCGGUUACGCUGCCUCCGAUGAGAAACUAGAGAAGCAAAUCGGCUGUGUCAAGUACACGCUGUUCUGCUUCAACAUUGUCGCUUGGAUGCUGGCCACAGCCCUUUUCGCCUUGACCGUCUGGCUGCGCGCCGAGCCUGGUUUCAAUGACUGGUUGCGUAUCCUGGAGGCCCAGUCUUUCUACAUUGGCGUCUACGUGCUCAUUGGCAUCAGCAUCAUUAUGAUGGCAGUCAGCUUUCUGGGCUGUCUCAGUGCGCUGAUGGAGAAUACUCUGGCAUUGUUCGUUUUUAUUGGAACACAAGUGUUUGGGUUCAUUGUUGGAACAGUUGGAUCGGCUGUUUUGCUAGAAUUCAGCACAAUGCACUCGAGCUUGCAGCCGCUGUUGAAGGAUUCGCUGUACCGCUUUGUGGCCUCAUCGGAGUACACAUAUUCAAACUAUGUUCUGACCAUGAUACAGGAAAACAUUGGCUGUUGUGGCGCUACUGGGCCGUGGGACUAUUUGGACCUGCGGCAGCCGUUGCCCAGUUCAUGUCGCGACACUGUUAGUGGCAAUGCCUUUUUCAAUGGAUGUGUGGAUGAGCUGACUUGGUUCUUUGAAACCAAGACUUCUUGGAUUGUGGCGCUGGCCAUGUCGCUGGCUCUACUCAAUGUCAUUUGCGCUGUCAUGAGUUUUAUACUGGUUCAGGCCGUUAAGAAGGAGGAGGAGGAAGCCAGUAAUUAUAGGCAUUGAGCGGACGGAGCAUUUUGGAGCCAUUUAGUAAGCUAAGUUAACAGGACAAGUAGCAGUAUGAACGACGACGGCAAUGACGGCGACGCGUUGCCUUUUUCCAUAUCCUUAAUAUUUGAUUAAGUUUCCAUUUCGAACAAUAAGUACAAUAAAAUAAAAUACUAUUAAAAACUGCGACGUUUCGCAAGAGAACGUAACAAAUAAAAAA